UUGGUUUCAAAAUUGCAAAUUACUAUUUUUGGACACUUUUUUAGUUACUUCUAGAACCUGUCAUCCGGUUGAUGGCUUCUUCUCCUAACCACUCCCACAGUCGGUAUUCGGUGGACCAAAAAGAUGCACCUAUACCACUCUUUAUCUUGAAACAAUUUAGAAAAAACAUCAUUUUCAAUUAGAUUUGAAAAUUAUACCAUUUCUUAACAUGUAGGCAAUCAGUUAAAUUGACAUGUCCAUGAGGUGAAACGUAGCUAAACCAAAAAGUCCAGAACACACAACCUUAUAUAAUUUUCAUUGAAGUUCAUGACAAUUUCAUACUAGAUAAUUAAUCAAUGAUGGAGUAUCAUAUCUUACUAUUAUUCACCACCCUAUCCCUUAUCAUAAUCCGGUUCUUCCUAAACCGCCAAAAGAAUAAACCACCCGGUCCAACCGGUCUUCCCAUAAUCGGAAACCUCCACCAACUCGGCUCAAAACCCCACUGCACCCUCUCUUCCCUCGCCAAAACCUAUGGCCCCAUCAUGUCCCUCCGCUUCGGCUCCGUCACCGUCACCGUUGCUUCCUCCCCGAAAACCGCCCAAGAAAUCCUCCAAAAAAACGACCAAUCCUUCGCCAACCGCCCUAUCCCUGAAUCAGUUGCUGCUCAACCCAACGUCAACGACACACUCGCAUGGUCCCAUGCCGACUCACGGUGGCGUAACCGUAGACGUAUCUGCACCACACAAAUAUUCACCACCCACCGCCUUGACCUUCUCCAACAUCUCCGUCACCGGAAAGUUGAGCAACUAGUCCAACACCUUCACAAAAAAGCAGCAGAGAAAACAACCGUUGACAUAGGUGAACUUGCUUUCGCCACCAUGUUGAACUUGGUUUCCAACACGGUGUUCUCAGAGGACCUUGUUGAUUCGGAGUUCGAGAGUGCUGGUGAGUUUAAAGAGCUUGUAUGGAGGAUAAUGGAAGAUGCUGGGAAAGUGAAUGUUUCUGAUUAUUUUCCAGUGGUGAAGAUGUUUGAUCUGCAAGGUGUGAAGAGACACGUUAAGGUUUCAUAUGUAAGAUUGCAUGAGAUUUUUGAUCGUAUGAUUCAAAAACGUGUUGAAGAUAGAAAUAGUAAUUCGCAUGAUGGUGGCGUGGUUGCUGGUGAUUUCUUGGAUGUUUUGCUUGAUCAUUGUCAACAAGAGGAUGACUCUGUUUUUAGCGUUGAAAGCAUCAAGCCAUUGAUUCUGGACUUAUUCAUAGCUGGAAGUGACACAUCAGGAUCAACAACUGAAUGGGCAAUGGCAGAGCUUCUCCGCAAUCCAAACAUAAUGAAAAAAGCAAGAAAUGAAGUGAUUCAACUAAUUCCCAAAUCCAACCAAGUCAAAGAAUCAGACAUUCCUUCACUUCCAUACAUCCAAGCAAUAGUCAAAGAAACCCUUAGGCUUCAUCCUCCUGUACCACUUCUCUUACCUUAUAUUGCAGCAAAUAAUGUUGAAAUAAAUGGUUACACAAUUCACAAAGGAAACCAAGUUUUAAUAAAUGCAUGGUCUAUAGGAAGAAACCCCGAGUUUUGGGAGGAUCCGUUGUUGUUUCAACCAGAAAGGUUUCUUAAUUCGAAUGUAGAUUUUAAAGGGAGAGAUUUUGAGUAUUUACCUUUUGGUGCCGGAAGGAGAAUUUGUCCUGGUAUUCCACUUGCUAAUAGAAUGAUUAUUUUGAUGUUGGCUGUGUUGUUGCAUUCUUUUGAAUGGGAGCUUCCUAAAGGUGUUAGUCCUGAAACGCUUGAUAUGAGUGAGCAAUAUGGAAUCACAUUGAAGAAGCUUAUUCCUCUUUCUGCUGUUCCAAUUUCAGUAGUAGUAUGAAAAACAUGCGAGUAUUUUGAGAUUGAGAAAAAAGGUGUUUAGUUGAGAAUGCAAUUGGUUUGAGAUUUUAUAUUAUCACUCUUAAAUAAGUAUGAAGUUUAUGUGAGAUGGGUCUAUUUAAUCAAAGUUGGGAAAAUUUCCAUGUUCAAAUAGGCUUAUAGAGGUCCUUUAUAUACUAAACGUGGACGUGUAAAUCUUACAUUAUUUAUCGUAUGAAAUGGGUUCAAACUUCAAAGAGGCUAA